GACAACUGGUGAUUUUCAAUAGUAACAGUCCAUACUUGAUUUAGAAGAGUACCACCAUAGAUAAAAAAUCUCUUCAUUGCUAUAUAUAUAAACACCUAUAUAGUGCAACCUGAAGCUACCAUAGAUUCACUGCUAUAUGGUGCCAUAUCAGGAAUUUCCAGUUCCACAACAAAAACAUCAUUCAUGGCAGUGAAAGAAAUCAACAAAACAAGGAUCCAAAAUAGCACUACCACUCAACAACAACACCAACAAGAACAAGAAGGGUGCGAUCCUUGCAAAUCUUUUGGCCAAAAAUGCAGUCACUUGGUCAAGAAACAGCGUGCAAAAUUCUACAUUCUUCGCCGGUGUAUCGCGAUGCUGUUAUGCUAUCAUGAACGUUCUGAGCACUGAGAAAUUCAAGGAAGCUUCAACAAGUUAGGAGAUUCAUGGAAUUGUGAUAUUAUUGUCUUUUAUAAGGUUGUAACAUAAAUUAAGAAGGUACUAUGUUAUAUGUUAUUACUAUAGUUUUUGUUAUAGGGUUUGCAUUGUUGUAAAUUAAAUUACUACAUAUGCAGAUGCUAAAAUGUGAAUGAGAUUAGAUCUGUUUCAAUUUUCAGAA